UCGAUACUUUGAGGAUUGGUCUCUGUUUUUAUUGCCCUGUUUUGUUGUUUUCUUAAAAGGCAAAAAAUGAGAGAAAACAAAAUGUGAAUAGAUCACAUGAGAGAGAAAGAGAACAGUGAAUUCGGAUUUGUAGUUCAGGCAAGAACAGUAAAAUAAUCCUGGUACCCAGGUUUGAGUUGAGUCCAGUAAAAGCUGUGUGUGAUGAAGUGUCCAUUUUUGUGGGUAACUUCAGUUUUCCAUGAUCAACCCAUCAAUGGAACCGUAAAGAAACUCCAAAUGAUUCCUCCCAUUACUUAUCUUAGAGUUUGCAAUUGAUUGUAAUCUUGCUACCCUUUUCUUGUCUCAAAUCUAAAAUAAUUUCUCUGAUUUUAUCUGCUUGAAGAACUACUACAAGUCCAUGGAGAAAAAUGAUGAAAUCAAGAAAGAUGUUACUGAAUUAAUAGGCAACACUCCUAUGAUUUAUCUCAACAAUAUCGUGGAUGGUUGUGUAGCCAGAAUUGCUGCCAAGCUCGAAAUGAUGGAACCUACCUCUAGUGUUAAAGAUAGAAUUGCUUACAGCAUGAUCAAAGAUGCAGAAGAUAAGGGCUUGAUCACACCAGGGAAGACAGUCCUCAUUGAACCUACAAGCGGUAAUACUGGGAUUGGAUUGGCUGCAAUUGCUGCAAUAAGGGGUUACAAAGUUAUACUCGCCAUGCCUGCUUCAAUGAGUCUUGAAAGAAGAGUUGUGCUUCGGGCUCUUGGAGCUGAGAUUCACCUUACUGACCCAGCCAAGGCCUUUGAGGGCGGACUUAAAAAAGCACAGGAGAUUUUAAGUAAAACACCUGAUGGGUAUAUGCUUAAGCAAUUUGAAAAUCCUGCCAAUCCAAAUAUUCAUUAUGAAACCACUGGCCCUGAAAUAUGGAGAGACUCAGGAGGGAAAGUUGAUGCCCUGGUAGCCGGGAUCGGUACUGGUGGCACUGCAACCGGAGCCGGAAGAUUUCUCAAGGAGAAAAACAAAGAGAUUAAGGUGUAUGGUAUAGAACCAGCUGAAAGUGCAGUCUUGAGUGGAGGAAAACAUGGCCCACAUCAGAUCCAAGGAAUUGGAGCUGGUAUCAUCCCUAGUGUUUUGGAAGUUGACAUGCUUGAUGAAGUUUUUCAAGUAUCAAGUGAAGAAGCUAUUGAAACUACUAAGUUGCUUGCCUUGAAGGAAGGCUUAUUGGUUGGGAUAUCUUCAGGAGCUGCAGCAGCAGUUGCAAUCAAAUUGGCAAAAAGGCCUGAAAAUGCUGAGAAACUCAUUGUUGUGAUAUUCCCUAGUUCUGGAGAACGCUACUUAUCUUCCAAGCUUUUUGAUUCUAUUAGGAAUGAAGUGGACAACAUGGCUUACUAGUUCUUGGUUUUAAUCAAGAAGAACUUCAUGAAAUUCUUUUUUAACUUAUAAUUUUACCACCCUUUUGUAAAAAUUUUGUAAAGAGAAAUUAUUAAUUAGUCUUUUCA